AUGGCGCGGCUCCAGCUCGCAGCGCUCCCGCAGCUCAGCCAAUCGAAGGCCGGCAGGAACUGUCGAGCCGGCGUCUCCGCCAAUCGGCGUCUCGCGGGCGGGGCCUCACGGCCGGGGGCGGGGCGGGGCGGGCGAAGCGGGGCGGCCAUGGCGGCGCUGCCGGUGCCGGUGCCGCUGCUGGCGCUGCUGCUGCUGCUGCUGGCGGGAUGUGGCGGGCCCGGCGCCGCGGGGCAGAGGCGGAAGGAGAUGGUGUUAUCAGAAAAAGUGAACCAGCUGAUGGAGUGGGCCAGUAAGAGAUCCGUGAUCCGAAUGAACGGAGACAAAUUCCGGCGCCUCGUGAAGGCACCUCCCAGGAACUACUCAGUGAUUGUGAUGUUCACUGCUCUUCAGCCUCACAGACAGUGUGUUGUGUGCAAGCAAGCUGAUGAGGAAUACCAGAUUCUGGCAAACUCCUGGAGGUAUUCCAGUGCAUUUACCAACAAGAUUUUUUUUGCUAUGGUAGAUUUUGACGAAGGCUCAGACGUCUUUCAGAUGCUGAACAUGAAUUCUGCUCCCACUUUCAUUAACUUCCCUGCCAAGGGGAAGCCCAAGCGGGGGGACACCUACGAGCUGCAGGUGCGCGGCUUCGCGGCGGAGCAGCUGGCACGCUGGGUGGCCGACAGGACAGACGUCCACAUCCGUGUGAUAAGGCCACCAAACUAUGCUGGACCCUUGAUGCUGGGGUUGCUGCUGGCUGUCAUCGGAGGCCUCGUGUAUUUGCGGGGCAGCAAUCUGGAUUUUCUCUAUAACAAAACUGGCUGGGCCUUUGCUGCUCUGUGUUUUGUGUUAGCAAUGACAUCAGGCCAGAUGUGGAACCACAUCAGAGGCCCCCCCUAUGCUCAUAAGAAUCCCCAUACGGGACAAGUGAAUUAUAUCCAUGGAAGCAGCCAAGCCCAGUUUGUGGCAGAAACACAUAUAGUUCUGCUGUUCAAUGGUGGAGUUACUUUAGGAAUGGUCCUUCUCCAUGAAGCUGCUACUUCUGACAUGGAUGUGGGGAAAAGAAAAAUUAUGUGCAUUGCUGGCAUUGGCUUGGUGGUGCUGUUCUUCAGCUGGCUGCUGUCUGUCUUCAGAUCCAAAUACCACGGCUACCCCUACAGUUUCCUAAUGAGCUAAAGGAUUCCAGAAUCUGUAACAUCAGGAAGGUGGUGGCUCUGAACUUGGAUGUGGUGGAAUGAGGAGCUCAACGUGUUUGGUUUGUGCUACCUCUGCUUACACUGAGACAGUUAAACACUGAACCAAAGACAACGUGGUGCCUUAAAUACAGCAAGCAAUUUGCUCUGAAGGACACAGAGUGUUAAGAUGCAAUCUCAUAAGCUUUACAUCUUCUUAAGCAGCUCUACUUAUACUUCUAGCAAAAUUCAGAACGUAAUGCUUAAAACUACAUUUCCAUGGACUAACUACAAAUGGUACUUUCCAUCACUUGGAUAAUCUUUUUACCUUGGGGUUUUUUUCCCUUGAAUUAUCACCUUAUUUCCUGUUUGUGCAUAGCAGGUGACAGCAGCUUCUCUGUCGUGCCUUUUCAUGGUUGAGGAAACAGCUUCAUGUACCUGGAUAUCUUUUCCUUCAGCCUGUGUGCAACCCUUGGAGCAUGCUCCAGGUUCUAGUGUGGAAUGUGCGUAUCCUAGAGCUGUGUCUCAUUUUUGAGAAGAGUUCUCAACUGCUGUAUGAUGCAAGAGGUUGUUUCACAGAUGAAGGGCGAGUUUUCAACAUGUAGAACGGAGUUACUAAUUAGUUAAAUCUUUCUUUGCCAAAUGCUGAAACUGCAAUGUUUAAGUUGUAAACUUUGACUCAAAGCUGGAAAAAAAUUCUUAGACUGGCCAACACUCACUCUUAAAAAUACGAACCAAAAAUGCAAGUCUAACUAUCUAUGUGUUACAUGAAUUCAGAGCUGUUAAUUGGCUUCCAAGUUACUGCCUAGAGCCCUGGCAAACCAACAGAUGCCAGAUUUGUGGUCACUAUAUAAGUUCUUGCAUUCUCCACUUGUUUUCUCCACGUUUCUAUCCUUUGGGCAGAGAUGCCUGCUCCCGGGAUAAAUGUUGUUUCCCCAGAACACAUUUGAUAGCCUUACAAUUGAAUGCGUGUGCUGCUUGCUCUCCCCUUUUGUUUUCUCACUUCACAAAGAUACUUUGCCUUAAGAAUUCUUGAGUGGAAAACGUUGUGCCUCAGCAAAAACUGUUGUGCAAUUCAGCAGUUGUACUACAGGAAAUCUUUGCAGCCUGAUUCAGCAACGCUUCCUUCCGUAGGCUCUGGUGGCCUUAGAGGUUCAUAGUCAGAGAGACUUUUGUCUCCUGCUUCUGCCUCUCCUCUGUCAAGGGGUUACAGCAUCUGGGUGUUUGAAACUGAAUCUCAGAAGGGAUUGUAUCACUCCCAAGCAGAAUGUUAUUCUCAUGCAGUUUUGCUGAAUUAAUACACAUCUCAAGUGCCUUAACGUCGCUCAUUUCGUUGUUUGAUGUUUCAACUUGUUGAGAUGCAUUUUUCUAUGCCAUACAGAACGAUAAGCCUUAGUGGAACAGAUAAAUUGUGUGCCUGACUGGAUUUUGGACAAGUUUCAAUAAAACUUUUUAGUCUAA